AUGUCUCCACCCAUUGUUCAAAGUAUCUAUCAAGAAACCAAUGUUUCAUUAUUGGUCAACCUCAAUACAAACAAAGACGAACUUCUCAAACCAUUUGUAGAUGUGGCCAAAAAGAUGGUUGCCAAGAAGAGACGUCAGAAAUGCCAAAUCUUGACAAACUUGUUUGCAGGUCCAAAGAGCGGUGGCACAACUUCAUUUGUAGAGUUUAGUGCCAAUAUUUUGAUGGGGCAAUCAAAAUCACCACAAAAUAUGAGACCCAAGGGACAUGAAACACUCAACUCUCAACUUGGACAAAAGAGUACCUAUGGACCGGUAAAAUACCAAAUCUCAUUCGAGUACAAUGGCCAAAAAGUAUUUCAAUUUAUAUUGGUCGAUUGUCCAUCUCUUUCAUCAUAUGGUGACACUCAAAAUCAAGAUACUAGUACCAUUGUCAAGUCAUUUUGUUCUCUUCCAAGAAUAAACAAAUUGGUCUAUGUAUCCAACCCAGUCAUCAACCCAUCAGACACAUCAGUUAGAAAGUCACUUGGUGAACUCUUUUCUAUUGUACCAAAGAAUGCCUCAAAAUGUGUAGCUGUAGUUGUCACCAAUUGCAGUUCUGAUAAAACUGCUCAAAGAACAACCAACAAUAUCGGUGACAUUGUACCUGAUAUCAAAGGUAAACCAUCCCUUAAUUUAGAAAAUCUAUGGUGUGAUCAUCCAAACAACAAAUAUGAAAAAGGAAACGUAUCCAUCCCAAGUGGAAUGGAUGCGGAAUCUAAAAAGAUUGCAUCAUUUUUCUUUUCACAAAUUAAAGUACCAGAGGAUGAUGAUGAUGAAGAAGAAGAGGAUGAUGAUGAUGAUGAGGAGGAGGAAAAAGAAGAAGAUGGAGAAUCAUUUGAUCCAAAAGAAUUGGAUGAUGGAUACAGUGACAGAAAUGAUUUGGUCCUAAAGAUUGUAACACUUGGAGUUGUUGAAGAAGAAAUCCUUGGAGAUGUUAAAGGACUGAAUGGUUUGAUCGUAGACAAAAUGCCUACAGUUGUCAAAAAGGGUGAAUCGGUCAAGAAACAAUUAGACGACGCCAAGUAUUUGGUACCUGGCCAAGGACACUACUCUACCAUCUGUUGUGCAUGUAUGAAAAAUAGUCACUGUACCGUUUGUACAUCGAAAUGCUCGUACCACCAUCACGUUCAUGCAAGAUACACAGAAGGUGAUCCAAUAUGGAAAUGUGCCGAGGAUGUAAAGAAUGAAAUCAACCAAAUCAAAGAACUAGCAACUGGUAUGGAAAAAAAGGUAAAUCAACAUUUGGCAAGAUACAACAAAAGAACUGGAGAGUACCAUAUUUUAAAUAGUAGCUUUAAAAGUACUUCAAUGUUUGGAAAUAUUGAAUCAUUGAUCCAAUCAUCGUUGCUUGAUACCAAAGAAAAGUUAAAGUUUUCAAAUCAACCAGAUGAAACCAAACGUUUACAAUCACUCUUGUCGGAUCUCCAAUCCAAAUCAUUAUCUCUUGAUAGAAUGAAGACUGGUUACUAUCAAAAUCAAACAAAAGAUGCCACCACUAGAUGUAACAUUGGUUUGGCUACUUUAUCAUCCUCAAUGAAAGGUCCAAGUGUUUUAAAUAGAUUUAAUACAUCUUAA